AUGAGGCUAAACCUUUUAUUCUUAUUUUUUCUGACUCUCGUUUUAUCAGAUGUAGCUUUGGCCAAAGGAGCAAAGAGACCAGCACCUCGCAAAGGCGUAGGAAAAAAACCACCACCUCGCGAAAGUGGAGGAGGUGGAAGAAGAGGAGGACAUGGAUUCGGUGAUAGCAGAGUCUCAUAUUGUGAAAUGAAACUUUUACUUAUUUUCCUUACAAUUCUUCUAUUUUUCUGCUCAUUUUCUUCUGGAAUGUACGACAAGGAUACUGGAGUGAUUGGGAAAAGAAAAUUCAAUCGACCUGGAAAGCCGGUGAAGAAUGGAGGAGUUUUCAAUGAUGUGAAAGUUUCUGAAGAGAAGAAAAAAGAAAUGGAUCAGAAAUCGAAAGAUGAGAAAAAUCACAGUUUCAAGUAA